GUCGCAGCUCAUUGGAUGAGACGAUGAUGGAAGGCGCGACCCGCAAUCGUGCACUGGAGCAGUAGCGUGCUGCAAGGUCCACUUUAUUUUCGUUGCUUGGCAUCAAAGUUCUCGAACGCUGGUAAAAGGUGCGGCUCCGACCAGCACCGCAGCAACAGCAACAUCAACCAGGUAUCGCCAUGGCCGCCGUUUACAAGCAACUGUCGGGCAAUGACCGUGAGGAGGAGAAGUCGACGGGCGAGAAGAGGAACAAGCAGCGUGUGCUCAUUCUGAGCUCGAGAGGUGUCACAUUCCGCCAUCGCCAUCUGCUGCAGGAUUUGUAUUCGCUGAUGCCUCACAGCCGGAAAGAGGCAAAGUUCGACUCGAAAACCAAGCUGUACCAGCUGAACGAGAUGGCAGAACUCUACAACUGCAACAACAUUCUCUUUUUUGAAGCAAGGAAAGGGAAGGACCUGUACUGCUGGAUGAGCAAGCCGCCAAACGGACCCACAGUCAAGAUGCACCUCCAAAACUUGCACACCAUGGAGGAGCUCAACUUCAUCGGCAACUGCCUCAAGGGAUCCAGGCCAAUCCUCUCGUUCGAUGCAGCAUUCGAGAAGCAGGCCCACCUCCGCGUCAUCAAGGAGCUUUUCACCCAGAUUUUCGGCGUCCCCAAGAACUCUCGCAAGACCAAGCCAUUCGUAGACCACGUGAUGGGCUUCACAGUCGCAGAUGGCAAGAUCUGGAUUCGCGUCUACCAAAUCAACGAGUCGGAGACAGGCAAGAAGAAGCCUGUUGACGGCGACGAUAUGGAUGUUGACGAGUUGGUUGCCAAGAAGAAGGGGAAGAGCUCUGAAUUCGACGUCAGCCUUGUAGAGAUUGGCCCUCGUUUCGUCCUCACACCUAUCGUUAUCCAGGAGUCGAGUUUCGGAGGACCCAUCAUCUACGAGAACAAGGAGUUCGUGUCGCCCAACCAGAUCCGUUCAGACCUGCUCAAGGCCAAGGCCGGCCGAUUCAACACCCGCACAGACGCUCAAAGAGACACAAGGAACAGGCGCGCAGACCUCGGCCUCACAACCCACGGAGGUGUCAAGAAGGCGAAGGACCCGCUCAGCGACCAGGUGCUCUUCGCAUAGUGUUUCCAUCACGGUCCGGCAAAAGCAUGGCGUUCACGGGUUUUCUCAUCUUCUACUGGCGCAGGAUG